GUGUUUUUCAACGUAACUCUUAAAAGUCGUCAGGUAAAAUGAAAUAAAGGGCAGUCGCAAAAAACGAAUGUUUGUAAAUAAAUCUAUUCCACUGAAUUUUUUAAUAUUUGAAAGAACACAAACCAACGAUUCUUAGUUUAUUAACCGUUAUUACUCUUUUUUGCCUCUUUUCAGCACACCUUAGUUUUUAUUAAUAAACAAAACAUAUUUGUAUUAGAAAUUUUCUAAUUUUCCUCUAGCUCAUAUCAUCAAAAACAAAAAUUGGUCUUUAAGAAUGAUCUAAAUAAUGGUUGCUGAUGAUAAUAUAGAUAAAAAUUAUAUUCUGAUUCUAAUAAUGAGCUGAAAAAUAUGAUAUGGAGUAAAGUUAAAAUAAUUCAUUGUCAUGAAUACUAUCGUACUAACAGUAAAUGAAUAAAGUAUCCCACGGUUCGCGAACUUACUGUAUAUAUGAAAAAUAUCGAAGCUAUUUUAAAUUUGAAGUCUAAUUUGUUAAAACAACUCAGUUCAAUUAAUAAUACUCUCAUAGAAUUAGAAAAAUGGAAAAUAGAACAUUGGGUAAUUAUCUAGAUUAGGUUACACUGAUAUCGACUUCGCCUGUUUUAUUUAUUGACGACCACCUCAUAUAGAAGUAUAUUAAGUGCAAUCAAGUGUCAUUUUAGAAGGAUAAUUGUUAAUUACGAAGAUGACUUCCAAACGAACAGUACUUAGUAGACCAAGAACCAAAUUAUAUGACGCCAAUUAUAAUAUUGGAGAAAGUUAUUACAAAUCCGCCUUAGAUAGAUUAGAUAGAAAAUACUCUGGAAGACCGCUUACACCACCUCGCCACGAAUCACCAGCAGCAGAAAGUAUUGCUGAACGUCAUGCCAGAAUUUUUGCCGAUGAAGAUUUGGAAUUUUCUCGUAAACGAGCGGAAAAACACAUCAGAGAAGACCAUGCUUUCGAUUCGCGAGGAGGACGAAUUAUCCGAGGUGGAUCUGUUAUGGACAAUUUGGAAAAUGAUAUAAACGAUGAGACUGCCUCAUCUAUAAGACGUCUCCGAGCUAACAAAAAAGUAUCGAUUAUCGAUGAUGUGGAUCUUGAGAGCACUUCCAAUAACUUGAAAUCGAUGCGUUUGCUUGAUAGGACCGACAAGAUUUUAGACACCGUUGGUAUAAAUGAUACUUUACCAAAAAAAUUGGCAGAAAGAGAAUCGUCUCAAAGACGCAGUGCGCUAAAAGUGACAUUUAAUCCGGACGAAGAUAAUUUGACAAAAUGGACACCUUUGGAAAAUAAAGUAACAUCCUUCAGAGCGAGAAGAGAAACAGUAAUAUCAGGUGUGGAAACAGAUAGCGGCGCAGCACGUAGAGCAAAAUUGACGAAAGACAGAUUAAACGAUUUGGAAGAUGAAAUGACUGCUAUUCAAGAAAAACAAGCUGCUAGAGAAGCUAGAGUAGCCAGAUUAAGAAAACUGGUAGCCGAAACUGAACAAGAUUCAGCAGACUUUGAGUUGUCUCAAGUGAAAGCUGAAAGAGCAGAAGCUCGAAAAGAACGGGUGGCUAUUGAAUAUUAAAUUAAUAUCUUUGAUUGAACUGGAGCUAUCUACUUUUCAUUUGUUGAAAGAAAAACAAAUAGUUCUAUAGAGUAGUAUAAAUAUUUUUAAAUGUUAAAAAUUUAACUUAUUUCAUUUCUUGUUUCUAUAAAAAUUUAUACGUAAAUAAAU